AUGCCUAAAUCAAAGCGACAGACGGUUGUUCAUCUCUCGAAGACCUCCAAAAAGACUAAAGAGGUCAAAGCUAAAUUAAUCGAACAAAUCAAGGAAGCUUCCGAAAAAUUCCAAUUUGUUUGGUUGUUCACGAUCGACCAUGUUCGGACAGCUUACCUGCAGGAUAUCCGGUCUUCCUGGAAACCCUCUAGAAUCUUUAUGGGCAGGAACGCGGUCAUGAGGCUAGGCUUAGGUUCUCAAGAAGAAGACGAACACAUGCCUGGGCUAGGCGCAAUAGGCAAGCUAUUGGAAGGUGAUACAGGAUUGUUGUUUACAGACGAGCCCCCGAAAGUGGUAGUCGAAUGGUUUGAUGAUUAUGUGAAGGCUGACUACGCCCGGAAGGGCAACCUAGCGACUGAGACGGUGGAACUUCCAGCAGGCCCCGUCAUGAUCAAAGAGAUCAACGAUGAACCAUCAGUUGCCCCGGGAGCCUUGGAGCCCCAUCUACGAGCCCUCGGUCUGCCCACGACCCUCCAAACUCGAGUUCCAACACUCUCUUCUCCCCAUGUAGUCUGCAAAGAGGGCGAAAAGCUCGACACCAAUCAAGCCAGUCUCCUCAAGACCUUGGGUUACCAGAUGGCCCAGUUCAAGAUCGUCCUCAGUCACGUUUGGAUCAAAGACCGCUCAACUACUUUCUCUAUAGACCAGAUCAGGGACCAACUCAAAUAG